UUGACCACUUUCUCUCCCCCACAGGUGACCGCGAGGAGGCCGGCCGCUGGCCAGAUGUGGUGCGGAAGGACCAGGGCCUUGCUCCGGGUGUCGGGGUUAUGGCCGACAGGGGUGCUAAGGAGGAGACCGCUAAACUGCAGUGCUGCGUCACUGGCGGGAAGCAACUCCCCCCGGUGUUGGAACUGCGGCGGCCUAGGGGGCCCCUUGCGGGGGGACCGGUUCUUCUGCCCUCAGUGCCGCGCGCUGCAGCCACCUGACCCCACUCGAGACUACUUCAGCCUCAUGGACUGCAACCGCUCCUUCAGAGUUGACACUGCGAAGCUCCAGCAUAGGUACCAGCAACUACAGCGUCUUAUCCACCCAGAUUUCUUCAGCCAGAGGUCUCAGACUGAAAAGGAUUUCUCAGAGAAGCAUUCGACCCUUGUUAAUGAUGCCUAUAAGACUCUUCUGGCCCCCCUGAGCAGGGGACUAUACCUUCUAAAGCUCUGUGGAGUAGAGAUUCCCGAAGGGACAGAUUAUGAAAUGGACAGUCAAUUCCUCAUGGAAAUAAUGGAAAUCAAUGAAAAACUUGCAGAAGCUCAAGGUGAAACUGCCAUGAAAGAGAUGGAAUCUAUUGUCAGAGCUAAACAGAAAGAAUUGGCUGACAAUGUGAGCAGAGCUUUUGAAAGAGUUGCAGAUGGCAGAUGGUGGGACUUCCUGGCUUCCAUAACCAAGUAAGUCGAUUCCUGUAAUAGGUCUCCUCUUAUAUAUACAUCCCUGUAUAUCCUGUAGUUUCUGUUUCUCUGCAGAACCCUGACUAAUGCAAGGAUCUUUC